AUGGUUUUAAUGUUUCCGCCAUUAAAUUUGAAAAUAAUAUAUAGUGGUAAUGAGAUUGAUGGAAAGUCAACUCCAAUUGGAAGUACCAUUAGCACCAGCAGCAACAAGUUAAUGAAGACGCUACCAAACUUGGUUCCAUCGCUCUUUUCUGCUUCCUUAGAUGAUGUGUACUUUAGGCGCUUGUUGAGUGAGUUUGAAAACAGGUACAAAACCAAUAGGAAAAUACAAGAUGAUUUAAGCCUCUUGUUAAUAGUUGGCCCCACUUAUCUAGAAACAAGCUACAGCACUUUGCAAUUGAACAGGGCAACUAAAAUGGACUUUCAAAUAGCUUUCCAAAAAUAUGUGCUUGAACCGAUUUGUUCAAUAUUUAAGAUAUUGUUCAAUUUGGAAAUAAUUACACUUGGCCGAGGGCCAAUUCAAAUACAGCGCAAGAUUCGGAAAAAACUAAUAACUUUACAGGUCAUCCCAGAUUUAUCUAUUCGUAAUGGAAUCCAAUCAAUAAUUCCAGUUGAAGUUAAAAAAUUCAAUAUUUCACCACUGAUGGAUGAGCUGUUUGAUAUGGCAGGCAUCAUAGUAAAUCGGGAUCUUAAACGGGUAAAAAAUAAUAAUAGUAAAAAACAAUCGGAAUCAAACAUGAUUUUUCAACAGCUAUUGGGUUCAAUGUUUGCUGGUUAUUGCUAUAAAGGCAUUCUCACUGAUUUCAUAACUACGUUGUUGAUCCGAUUAGAUUUGGAAAAGAUCAAUAAUAUCAAAAAUGAAUUUGCGGAUCCCCGAUCAAUUCUGAUGACGUAUAAAGUGAUUGACUUUCAAAGUAGUGAACUUGCAUUAAGAAAUACGGUAUUGGCGUUUAUAUAUGAGGAAAUUUGGGAUUCAGAAAAAGAAUUGAAAAAAAAGCAACAAAUAAUGAGGAAUUUUUAUAAAAAAAAUUCCAGAAGUGAAACAGACUUAUGUUAG